AUGGGCGGUGACGGUGGAAGCAUCCCCCGACGUGUUGAGCUCGUGCGAAAUAAAAAAGAACUAGAAAGAGCCGAAAAAUCCGCGCUUAACGCUGCUCGAUGGAAGCACUGCGCCCUAAGUGAACAACCACUACGCCAGCCUAUUGUUGCAUGCAAGUUAGGAAGACUAUACAACAAGGAGGCCAUAAUUGAAAAGUUGCUGGCCAAGACUAAAUUUUCCAGCAAAGCGGCAGAUCAUAUUAGCAGACUUAAAGACGUCCGUGAAUUGAAAUUAACACCUGAUACUCCCGAAAAACAAAGCACCACAGGCACUAUACCUUCUUCGGAAGGAAAAUCUGAAAAUUUUUGCUGUCCUAUAAUGAAUAUUGAGAUGAAUGGACAUUAUCCUUUCGUUUUUUCGUGGGUCUGCGGUUGUGUUGUUUCAAAACGGGCUUUUGAUGCCGUGAAAGAUAAUGCGUGUUUACUUUGCAGCAAAAAAUAUGAACCGAAAGAUAUUAUCUUGCUGAACCCUGAAUCCGAAGAGGAUCAAAAGGUCGCUAUGGACCGUCUCCGUGCUUCAAAAGAAUCAAAUAAAAGGUCCACUUCAUAUAAAAUCCAGGACAAGACGUCUGUUGCAGUUGCUGGUGGGAAGCGCACAACCGAAUCCAGUCACACUGUUCCAGUAAAGAAGGAAAAGAAGGAAGAGGGCCUGUCAUUUCAUAAUAACGGAUCUAUACAGGAUGAUCCCAACGCAUCAUCUGUCUAUAAAUCACUGUUUACGACGUCGAAGGAAGCUCUAAAUCAGCCAAAAGCCCACUGGGUCACUUUUAAUCCCCUCUACUUCAGAUGA